CUCACAAAGUGGAAUGUGUGUUUACAGGAGCGUCAGCCUUCAUCGUUGAGCAGAAUACAGACGCAGAUUUUGGGUAACAGGCAAUAUGGCAUCAGCACAGGCAGCCUUAACAUUUGCUAUUUGUAUAUUAAUGAUAUCAGAAUUAAUAUUGGCAAAAAAGGACUACUAUGAUAUUCUGGGUGUGCCAAAAAGUGCAUCUGAACGGCAGAUCAAGAAGGCCUUUCACACACUUGCAAUGAAGUACCACCCAGACAAAAAUAAGAGUCCUGAUGCUGAGGCAAAAUUCAGGGAAAUAGCUGAAGCUUAUGAAACCUUGUCGGAUGAGAAAAGAAGAAAAGAGUAUGAUCAGUUUGACUACCGGGCAUUUACAAAUUCUGAAGGUGGGAAUGGACAACAUUUUGAUCAGCCAUUCAAUUUUAACUUCCAUGAUAUGUUUAAAGAUUUUGACGUGUUCAGUCAGAAUCACCAAGCUCGUCAAAAAAAGCAUUUUGAAAACCACUUCAGAGCUCACCAGGAAGCCCACCGGAAACACAAGCGACAUUUUCAAGAGUUCUCUUUUGGAGGGGGGGUCUUUGACGACAUGUUCGAAGACAUGGAAAAGAUGUUUUCCUUCAGUAGUUUGGACAGUACUCGAAGGCACGCAAUAAGAACUGAAAACAGGUUUCAAGGGUCUAGGAAGCAGCACUGCAGAACUGUCACACAACGAAGAGGAAAUAUGGUCACCACAUACACAGACUGUUCAGGAGCAUAAGUUACAAUGUUUCUUGCCUUGUUAGGUACAGUGGUUAACAUAUAACAAUCGGAUUUAAGUAUUUUUUUUUAAUAAUGCAGACAUAUUUAAUGUGUUGCCAAACAAACCUUUAAGUGUGUUAUUCAUGAGUAGGAGUGUGAUUCUAUCUUCACAUACACCUAAUCUUAAUUUUUUUAUUAUUUUUUUAUUUAAAGUGUGCUGCAGAGAUAACCUUAACAUUUACUCACAAAAAGAAUCGGGCAAUGCAGUUCAUAUUUGGCCCAUUUUAAAACAAACGCCCUGCAAUUAGAAAGUUCCAAUUAGUAGGAAUCGGUUUGUUUUGAGCAUUUUUUAUUUUUUAUUUUUAGUGAUCCAGUAAUAAAAAAAAAGGUAAUUGUAGUUUUCCAGGAAUCAAUACUUAUUCAUGUCAACAGGUUCAUUUUUUUUUUUUUUUUUUUUUUUUUUUUUUUAAAAGACAAUAAUAAUAUGAUGGCCAGGUUUUAAAACAUUCAAAUUUGAUUUGUAAACUAAAGGUUAUGGUAACAUUUCUCAUAUUAAUUUUAUAUUGAAUUAAAAUAUGCAGAAGACUUUGACAUUUAAAUGUGUACAAUGUAAAAUGUGUACAUGAUUUAUACUGAAGUGUACGUAGUACUCCUUAUCAGUUAAUACUCAGGAAGGCUAAAACUAUAUUUGCUUUCAAUAAUGAUCUGAAUUUCUGUAGUGUUUGAUUCUGUUACCUCAUGUCCUCUGUAGAGUCUGUGAUGUAUGGAUGUGUAAUGUGCAAUAUGUUAAACCAGCUUUUCCUAUGUUUGCUUGAUUACUUUCAUUCAUUGCUGGUUUUAUAUUAAUUGUUCAAUUUCUGUACAGCUGAAUUGUCAUGCACUUUCUCUCUUGCACUUAUUCCUAUGGAUACAUUUUAUGUACGAGUCUUAUGAUGAGUGCACAUGUCUGAAAAAAUAAAAUAUAUUUGUAAGAGCUAAA